GCUUGACAGUUGGAGAUGGUGACGAAACGGAUGUCUCUCUCGAGGAGUUAUCUUUUCUAUUGAUUGAUUUUGCCAUUUAAUUUGGGUUCGUCGCCGCUAAAGUCUGCGUGCAGACCAAUGCGACGGAGCCUAGUCCUUUAGUUUUUGUAGAUACUUGUUAUUUUUUGUGUGUGGUGUUGUACAAAAGUGCAAGAUGGGGUCGUUAUUUAGGAGUGAGGAAAUGACAUUAUGCCAGCUUUUUCUGCAAAGUGAAGCGGCUUAUGCGUGCGUGUCUGAACUCGGAGAGCUAGGACUGGUGCAGUUCCGCGAUCUUAACCCAGACGUGAACGCGUUCCAACGCAAGUUCGUCAAUGAAGUCCGCCGCUGCGAUGAGAUGGAGCGCAAGUUGCGCUACCUGGAGAAGGAGAUCCGCCGUGACGGGAUCCCCAUGCUGGAAAUCCCUGGGGAGUGCCCGGAGGCGCCGCAGCCGAGGGAGAUGAUCGAUCUGGAGGCCACUUUUGAGAAGCUGGAAAAUGAGCUUCGCGAAGUGAACCAAAACGCAGAGGCCCUCAAGAGGAACUACCUCGAGCUGACCGAGCUUAAACACAUCCUCAGGAAAACGCAAGUGUUCUUCGACGAGAUGGCGGACCCGUCGCGCGAGGAGGAGCAGGUCACCCUGCUAGGGGAGGAGGGACUCAUGGCGGGCGGGCAAGCGCUCAAGCUGGGCUUCGUCGCGGGCGUGAUCCUGCGCGAACGCAUCCCCGCCUUCGAGCGGAUGCUGUGGCGCGCGUGCCGCGGCAACGUCUUCCUCAGGCAGGCGGAGAUCGACUCGCCACUUGAGGAUCCGUCUUCUUCAGACCAAGUCUACAAGUCGGUGUUCAUCAUCUUCUUCCAAGGAGACCAGCUCAAGACUCGCGUCAAGAAGAUCUGCGAGGGCUUCCGCGCGACGUUGUACCCGUGCCCCGAGGCGCCGGCUGACAGGAGGGAGAUGGCCAUGGGCGUGAUGACCAGGAUCGAGGACUUGAACACGGUGUUAGGACAGACCCAAGACCACCGGCACCGCGUGUUGGUGGCCGCGGCCAAGAACAUCAAAAACUGGUUCGUGAAGGUGCGCAAGAUCAAGGCCAUAUACCACACGCUCAAUCUGUUCAACCUGGACGUCACGCAGAAGUGUCUCAUCGCCGAGUGCUGGGUGCCGGCGCUGGAUUUGGAGACCAUUCAGCUGGCUCUGCGAAGAGGAACGGAGCGCAGCGGCAGCUCGGUGCCGCCGAUCCUGAACCGCAUGGAGACGGCGGAAGACCCGCCCACGUACAACCGCACCAACAAGUUCACGUCGGCCUUCCAGAACCUCAUCUACGCCUACGGAGUCGCGACCUACCGGGAGGUCAACCCUGCGCCGUACACGAUCAUAACGUUCCCGUUCCUAUUCGCGGUCAUGUUCGGCGACCUGGGCCACGGCGCGCUCAUGGCCAUCUUCGGCUUCUGGAUGUGCUACAAGGAGAAGCCGCUGCAGGCCAAGAAGAUCGACAGCGAGAUCUGGAACAUAUUCUUCGGCGGUCGCUACAUCAUCCUGCUCAUGGGCUUAUUUUCGAUGUACACCGGCCUGAUAUACAACGACAUAUUCUCCAAGAGUCUGAACAUUUUCGGCUCGUCGUGGCGCACCAACUACAAUCUCACGACGAUGCAGUCCAACAAGUUGCUGCAACUCAACCCUGACUCGAUGGACUACUUGCAGACUCCGUAUCCGUUCGGAAUUGACCCCGUUUGGCAGCUGGCCGAGGCCAACAAAAUCAUCUUCAUGAACGCGUACAAGAUGAAAAUCUCCAUCAUCAUCGGCGUCUUCCACAUGCUGUUCGGUGUCUGCAUGUCGCUCUGGAACCACAUCUACUUCAAGCGUCGCAUCAGCAUCUACGUGGAGUUCAUCCCGCAGAUCAUGUUCCUGACGCUGUUGUUCUUCUACAUGGUGCUGCUUAUGUUCAUCAAGUGGGUGUCCUACGGCUCCACGCCGCCGCACUUCGGCAGCCAGGAUCCAGAGAUCGUGAGGUCGAGCGCGUACUGUGCGCCGUCGAUCCUGAUCACGUUCAUCAACAUGAUGCUUUUCAAGACGGAUGAAAACCCGCGGCCUGUGUGUAAUGACACCAUGUACGCCGGACAGAUCGGCCUGCAGAAGUUCUUCGUGAUCGUGGCUCUGCUGUGCGUCCCUGUGAUGUUGUUCGGUAAACCCUACUUCGUCAUGAAGGAGCAGAAGCAACGUGCCCGCCAGGGCCACCAGACGAUCGAAGGUGCGGCCGAGAACGGAGCCGCCGGCGGCGCCACCGUGCCCGCCACGCAGCACCACGAUGAGGAGAUCUCGGAGGUCUUCAUACACCAGGCCAUCCACACGAUCGAGUACGUGCUGGGCAGCAUCUCGCACACGGCGUCGUACCUGCGGCUGUGGGCGCUGUCGCUGGCGCACGCGCAGCUGGCCGAGGUCGCCUGGAACAUGCUGCUGAGGAAAGGUCUGAUGUCGGCGGGCUACUCGGGCGGCAUCAUGCUGUACGUGGUGUUCGCGGGCUGGGCCGCCAUAUCGGUCUCCAUCCUCGUGCUCAUGGAGGGGCUGUCCGCCUUCCUGCACACGCUGCGGCUCCACUGGGUGGAGUUCCAGAGCAAGUUCUACAAGGGCGAAGGAUACUUAUUCCAGCCGUUCUCCUUCGAGGUGAUCCUGGACUCGGCCGGCACCGGCGACGAGUAAACCCGCGCUCAAUACUAGCGUGCACGAAUUACUAACGGGCUAAUGUAUCCUAAACCUUAAAAAAACUCAAAGAUAAAGAUGUAACAAGAAAGAUUUAGUUUAUGAUUGCUGACCUAACUUAGGUACAAAACUUUCCCAAAAUUCGCAAUCGGCAGCAAGCGUUAUGAGCACUGUCAUUAUGGUAUAUUCUUAUACAGUCUCAUAAGUAGCCCGUAACAUUAUUUCACUCAAUUUUUUCCCAAGUUAUUCGUGUAGCGGCGGUAGUGUGGCCCGUUAUAGUCUAGCUACGACAGCAAACGUUUGGAGCGAAGCGGUAGGCUGAGCUGAGCUAAGCGAGCGGUUGUGUACUGCUUUCGAUCUGUCUAUAUUCACCCGGAUAUCUGAAUAUGAUCCCUUUCGGUGAUGGACCCCAUAAUAAGCAAUCGCUCGCAAGUAGUUUCAAUAUUUAUCUUAUUAUAAGUGUAAAAGUCUUAAUAUUGUUCAAUGUGUAUCGAUGUUUAGAUUGAAAUAAAUAUUUAGAUGUCAAUCUAUAUUAUUGCAUUUUAAAAUGUUCAAUGUCUACUUACAUAAAUGUUCGCUAAAUGAGUGAACUCAGUUUCAAUCGAUUUGCUUGUCAACGCAAAGCUUGUAACAAUUUAUUGCCAAUUUGACGUAUAUUUUAUUAUUAGAAAAUUAAAUUGCUGAAAGUUUUUUUUAUCUAAAUCAUUUUGUAAGAAUAAAUAAAGGUGUGCGAGAUUUAGUUUUUGUAUUUUUUACACCCAUGUUCCAAUUAUGUACUUAAAAUUGUACGGAAUUCAAACCUGUGGCUCUCUGUAACUGUUUGUUAACAAUGUAGCAUGUUAGAAGCAAUGUCAUUCCAGUAGUAUCAUAGUUUUCAGAGUAUAAAAUAUAAUGUAAUCAAAAGAUAAUAUAUUUAUUCUGUAUCGAGCAGUUCCGCAUACGUGUUUCGUAGUGUAGAUGUAUGGUAAUAAAGGUUUUCCGUAGCAUU